CUCACCUGCGCAGGUGUGGGGGGCUGCGGGAGCGGCGAGGGGCGGGGCGGGGCGGUGGGAGGCCAACCCGGGUCCGAAGCGCCGCUUCCCGCGAGGCUCGGCUCGACCCUCAGUCCGCAGCGAGGCUCGUCUCCCGUCCAGGGAUCGCGGACCGGUUCCCGCCAGCAGCGGCGCCAGCGGAGGCCUCGUCCCGGAAGCCGUGAGGCGCCUUCUGCCUCGGGGCCUCUCCUCGGCGCCGGGGCCUCAGCGGCCCAGAAGGGCCAGGCAGCCUCCCGGGGGAGCGCGGGCCCGCAGGCGGAGGCCCGGAGCCCCCCGAGCCUGACGGGGCCGCAGCCCAGCGUCCCUGGGCCGCGAAAGGCGCCCCGCUUCAGGCGCAGGUGAAGAAGCGGCUCCGGGGCACGGCGGCGGCGGCGGCCUCUGGAUCACGUCUGAAUGCGCCCCUGCCUGGACACGCGUCUGUGGCGCCUCUCCCGGCUCUGCCUCUGGAGCUGCCACGAGGGGAGGGCAGAGGCUCCCUCAGGUCCGCCCAGCCCAGGGCGCUGCUGCGGGGCAGGACCCGAGCCCAAAGGGAAGGAAGGGCCACUGCCAGCUCCCCGGGAGGGACGCAGGAGACGGUGUGGGCGCCACAACCGAAGUGAGACGCGGCGCCUUCCCACUGGAGCAAAAGGGGAGCACAGCCGGGCAGGGUUAAGCGAAGCCGCCCCAGAGCCCAGGCAGAGCGAUUGGGUUGCUACUUCCGGCACCUGGGCCCUCAGAGACAGAGCCAGGGCGCGCCAAACAGCCCAGUUGCCCUUCUGUGCCUCUCUCUGGCCAUCCAAUCCACCCACCUACCUACCUGGCCAGGUGUUGCAGUGCUUUGGCGCCUCCCUCCCUCGCUGCAGGUAAGCCUCCUUGCCUGGCUGCCACCAGCAUGGCUGCUACUGCUUCCUCCUCCUCUCCUCCGCUGGCACACCACCAGCCAGACAACACGGCCUUCACGCAGCAGCGCCUGCCAGCCUGGCAGCCACUGCUGUCAGCGGGUACAGUGCUGCCCCUAUUCUUCUGCCUGGGCGUGGCUUUCGUGGCACUGGGCUUGGGCCUCCACUUCUCCUCAGCCACCAUCCAGGAACUGGAGCUGGACUACACGGGUUUGGGCAACUCCAGCUGCGCCCGCUGCGCCAACCUGAGCCAGAGGCCCAUCGGAGACCGCCCGUCCUGCACCUGUGAACUGCGCUUCACCCUGUCUCAAGCCUUUCCCGCCCCAGUCUGCCUUUACUACCAACUCUCCAACUACUACCAGAACAACCGGCGUUACAGUGUCUCCCGUGACGACCAGCAGCUCAGUGGGGAUGCCUGGGCCCUUCGCAACCCCGUGGAGGAGUGCCAGCCCUACCAGAAGGACGCCAAGGGCACACCGAUUGCUCCCUGUGGUUCUGUGGCCAACAGCCUCUUCAAUGACACCUUUGACCUCUUCUAUGUUCUCAACAAUGGCACCAAAGUCCAAGUGCCCCUUGACAAGCGGGGCAUCUCUUGGUGGACCGAUAGCAACAUCAAAUUUCGCAACCCUGAGCCCGUCAAUGGCAGCUUGGCACUGGCCUUCAAGGGCACCGUAAAGCCCCCUAAUUGGCCUUACCCAGCCUAUGACCUGGGCAAAGGCAACCCCAACAACACGGGCUUUGUCAACGAGGACUUCAUUGUCUGGAUGAGGAUCGCUGCUUUGCCCACCUUCCGCAAACUCUACUCCCGUGUCCGCCUGGGCAAUUUCUCCACAGAACUGCCCCAGGGCAACUACUCCCUCAAUAUCACCUACAAUUACCCCGUCCUUUCUUUCCACGGCAGCAAGAAGGUCAUCUUUAGCACACUUUCCUGGAUGGGGGGCAAAAAUCCAUUCUUGGGCAUCACUUUCCUGGUUUUUGGCUCUGCCUGCAUCCUCAGUGGCUUUGUCAUGUUGGUGGUGCAUAUAAAAUACCAACACCUCAGUGAGGCAGAUGAGUAAACAGAGCAGUGAAAACCCCCAAGGUUCAGGGAAAACGUCUCAGGAAAUGUCCAAGCCAGAGUCUUCCUAUCACGUUCUCAGAAUUAAGCCUAGUUUGUAGCUAGGGCAGGAAUCCUACAUGCACAGGUCUAGAAUCUGUGGGCCUUACUUAUGAAUCAACACAGGCAGGAUUGGAGUUUUGUGUGUUAAUCACUUCUAUGGGCUUUGAGGCUUAUGCAGAUGUUUUGGGAUUUACUUUUAAGAUUCAUUCUGAGGAAAUGGGCAUAGACUAUUCAGCAGACGCAGUGCUUCGUCCAAGGGUGUUCCAAGUGAUUGAUGUGAACCAUAUUGGACACUUGUGUUUCUCAUAGGGAUUUUGCAAGUGAAUUAGUGCUUUAAUUAAGAACGUGGAAUCUCCCAUCCGGUUGAGUCCUUAAAGACAAAUGUUCUCCCCAAUGCUGGGCAAACAACAGAUCCUCUUAGGAAAAAUCAACUGACAAAGUUCUUAAUAGGCUUCAAGAGCAAUCUUAAACAGGUCUACUCAGCAUUCUACUCAGGUUUAUUCAAUGGCGCUUACUCCCAGGAAAGUGUUCUUAGGAUUGCACUGUUUGGUACUUAGGCUUACAUUCCUAAGCAUUGCUUCCAGGAUGAAAAUUGUUGUGAACAGACUAUAUAAAGUUUUAAGGAAUCUUUUUUUAAAUGUCAGUCCAGAACUACUAUCUUGAUUUUUUAAAGCAACAUUCUGUUUACUACAAAAAGUAAUUCCUUUAAAAGCAUUCAUUGAUGCUGAUGAACAGUUCCUCACAUGAGGUGGUGUGAUGCAUGCAUACUAGUUAAGAUGUCAGCAGAUCUCAGAGUUGACUGUGUCAAAAGCCUGACACACUCAUUUGUUUGAUAUUUCAUUCUCUUGUUACUGUUGGAUCGCAGAGUCUUUUGCCACCUGGGGUGAAGCUGCAGUCCUCAAAUUGUCUGCAAACCCCAAAGGCAACUUGAGCGUAUCCCUUUGCAAGCAGUUUCAGGAUUGUGCCUGGGAAAAGCUCUCUCUUGCUCUCUCUCACACCACGGGAGCCUUGCAAAUGAGAUGUUGAUGCUCCUGUAUGGUUGAGUCUCAGUUCAGUACAUUUCCUCUUCUAUGUUUUAAUAAUGCAAAAAAUGAAACUGUAUGUGUGUGUGCUUGUGUCAGAAACAAAGUCUCUUCUACAUGAUAUAAAAUUAUGUGUGUCAUUUUCUCUGCCUUUCAAAAAAUAGUUUGUAAUGCCUUCAGAUUUUUCUGACAAAUGAUCUUACAAUAAAUAUUUUUAUUCUA